GUAACUGUAUUUGGAGAUAGGGACAUCGCAGAGGUAACUAAGGUUAAAUGAAGUCACAAAGGUGGAGCCCUAAUCCCUUACGACCAUUGUCCCUAUGGGAGGAAGAGACACCAAGGAGGGGAGUGUACAGAGGAAAGGCCAUGUGAGGACACAGCAAGAAGACAGCCAUCUACAAGCCAAGGAGUGCAGCCUCAGGAGAACCCUGCAGACAUCUUGCCCUGGACUUGUAGUUUCCAGACUGGUAUCAGCAUGGAAGCCAUGAGUGAGAAUAAAAUGGUGCCCUCUGAUUAUAGUACAGGACCUAUGGAAAAAGCUGCCAAGCCAUUGCCAUUUAAGGAUCCAAACUUUGUGCACUCUGGCCACGGUGGCGCGGUAGCUGGCAAGAAGAACAGAACCUGGAAGAACCUGAAACAGAUCCUCGCUUCGGAAAGGGCAUUGCCGUGGCAACUGAACGACCCUAACUACUUCAGUAUUGAUGCUCCUCCAUCCUUCAAACCAGCUAAGAAGUAUUCUGAUGUUUCAGGUCUUCUUGCCAACUACACUGACCCCCAGAGCAAGCUGCGGUUCAGCACCAUUGAAGAGUUUUCCUAUAUCCGGAGGCUGCCAUCUGAUGUCGUCACUGGCUACCUGGCCCUGAGGAAGGCCACGAGCAUCGUUCCCUGAGCCUUGAGAAACGGAGAUGAUGUGGAAAGCUGUUUCAAAGGCAAACUCUGGACUCAUGAUUUUGUUUCAUGGAAACAAACUCAUUGUGCUUGUCAAUCUGGAAAUGUCAGUGCUGUGCCUUGGAAAGAAUGUUUGGCUUUAAUUUAAGGUUUUUUUUGUUUUUUUGUUUUUUUUUUUUUGGUUUUCUGUUUUCCCUCCAAGUGGGAUGUUUCCUGUUGAAUUAAAUUAUACUUCAGUUGUUGCCUCAAGUCAACUUGUUUGAUGAGAAAAUAUAAAAUUGUGCUUUUAACUUAACCCAUGUACAUCCCUGGAUUUUGCUUCAACGUUGUAAACUGUCUUAUAACACAUUUAAAGCUCUACAAUGAAUCCUGACAACAGGGCUGGGUUAUUCCUGGUGACUCCUACUUUAGAGCAGAUUAGUCCUUCUUUUUGAUCAGAAUGCAUGGAGGAGGUCCAGAAUUGGGACUGGAGAAGACAGAGCUGAGUAAUCACCCUGUUGCACUGGGCCAGCCUCUUCCCAGCCUCCAGAACUGAGAUACAUGUCUGUUGCUUAAGCCGCCCAGUCUGUGGCAUUUUGUUAUAGCUGCCUUAGCUGGCGAAAACACCAGCCCAGGCCCCAUUUCUGGGGUGUGGGGUGUGAACACUGACACCUCCUCCAAAAGGGCCUUUGUCCUGGUACUGGCUGCUGCCCCUCUAACCGAAGCCUGCUCUGGAACAGCAGGGUUUGUUUCCCCUUCCUAUGAGACACAGAAGCACUCCUGGGCCUCUCCAAGCCCACUCCCAUAUUUCUCUAGGGAGGACAGUGGAACCAGACCCUGGAGCCUCUGGGCCUGAGCUGCCUCUGCUUUGGGGGAUUAGGAGGCCAGGUGCCUUUUCUUCCUGAGGGAACACCCCUCCCACAACCCUCUCCUGGCUUAAAGAAAGGAAAAACAAAGCUGGGAGAGCAGCCUGCUGGGCAGGUGGCACCUGCCCAGAACCUGGCUUCCUUUUCUCCGGGUAUGGCAGCCCCUGCGUCAUUCAGCACCUUCCCAGUGACCAGUGGUGAGGGUGGGAAGGUGGCUGUGUGGCUCUCUUCUCCCACGGAGAGGGCCUAAGGGAGGGCCAGGACAGGUGGGAACCUUUCCUAAGCCCACAAGCACUGAACAUCCGAGCCUCUGGGGCAGGGGUCCUCCGGCCUGAGACCCACUGCUGAAACUGAAGUUCUCUGAGACCGGAGGCUGCUUCUUGGGCUCCCACUUUACCUCUGGCGCUUGCUGCUAGCGUCAGCCUCGGAAAGCCCCCCCAGUUUCCCUUUGGGUGGGAAUAAGGAGUAAGUGAGCCAAGGGCCCUUCCGGUUUCACUUCCACCUUCUAGUAAACAAAGAAAACUUCGGGCAGGUCCACCUCUUUUCCACGAAGGCCCCCAAGUGGACAUUUUAACCAUUUUUAGAAAUGGAAGUUGUAAUCGUUUCUAACACUUACAUUGCUGGGCACUACCUCAGUCCUAACUGUUCAGAAUCUCCUGGACCGGGGUCCAGGGUGAAGGAGAAUCCCUGCCUGUACGCGUCCAUCACAGGGGCCCACAGACCAUUGCUCCUGCAGGCCUCUCAGGGUUUUUGGGGGGUGUGCACGUGCACACGUGUGCGGUGAACCCUCUGUCACUGUCACCUGGGACCCAUUAAGAUGCAGAUUCCUGGGCCGUACCCUAGACUCCUGACCCAAGGAGGGAGUGAGACCCAGGCAUCUGCAUCUGACAAAUGUCCCUGGGUGAACGUGACAUGUAGAAGUGUGACAGCUGCCUCCUUCCACAGGCAGAGGGAAGCACGUGUGCCAUACGCCUGGCUUCCUUUCCUGUUUCCCUUCCAGGCUUUCCCUGCCAACCUCUGCACAGAGGGCUGAGUCCCACAGGUCAGGUCAUUUCUCUCACUCCAAGCAACAGGGGUCCAAGCUGAGCCAAACUAAGCUUCAAGCUGUGGACACUUCCAAUAAGGAGUCCAGGCAGGUAGUUUCGUGCUGUGUCUCCCAACCCAGAGGUUCCCAGCCCUGGCUGCGCAUUAGCCUUACCUCUGUUGCAGGGGAAGGUGGGGAGAGGUAUGAAAAUACCCAGGGACUCUGAUUCAGCUGGCCUGAGCUGGGGCCUGGGCACAAUAAUUUCAAACUCCCCAGAUGAUACUAAUGUGCAGCCAUGUCAAGAACCUUUGCUCUAACUACAAAGUGAAUAUUGCACAUGGGGUAUGUUUUCUAAUCCACAGAUCAGCUGCCUCUUGCACUACAGGGCCAUGGGCAGUUUGGAAAUGUGUGUAUGGCAGGGGGCGGGGGGUGGUUAGGAUUCCUUUUCAUGCAGCAUCCCAGCACAUUGGAGAUUCCUCCUUCUUCCCUCUUCUCAUGUUUAAUCAGUCCCCAUGUCCCCUCUUUGCUCACACUGAUCCUUCCUCUUCUGUUUAGUCCUUUUCCCACCCAACUUCAGGAAUACAUCACCUCCUGCCUGGACAUUUUCACUGUCCUCCCAACUCUCUUUCCAAUGGUCUAAUCUCCACCCCACUGCUUUCCCCUCUGCGAGCAGAGGGCCCUUCCUCAACUUCGGAUGAGAACUUGACUUUGCCCAUCACGGUAUGUCCAAUUUGUCUCAGGUACCUUGUCAAUUCUGUCAUUGGCCUCUAAUGUCCAAAGGAUACACUCAGCCCCUUAAAAAAAAAAAAAAAAAAAAAAAAAAGAAAAAAGAAAAACAUUAGCUGAGAAAUCAGAUUGUUUUCAUAAGACCAAACUGAGGUCCAGUCUGCUCAGAGUAGAGUUUGACUCUUUCCCAAUAUCUGUCUGAUAACUUAUCUUCACUUUAAGAGGAGGAGAACAAUCUAUUAUCACACAUAGAUUAGACCCUCUUGUAAUGUUGGACAAGUAAUCUCCAAAGCCCAUGUGGAUGAGAGGGACCUAUUUUGCCCCCAUCUCUGAAGUUAAAGGAUACAUCCGUCUGGAUUUUGAAUUUUGUUUUAUAAUUGGGCCAAAAGUGUUUUUGGUGGGAAAUCUCUCAUUUCUGAAUCCAUGGCCAUUGGAAAGAGACAUCAGACUCUUGAUCCUGCUUCCAGUGAGCUAUAACUGAGUUGGGAGUGCCUAACUUAGUAAAAAUAAAGGGUAAGGAAAAAAAUGGGUGGAGUAGGGAGUAAAGAACCUAACCAAAUAGGACAGAACAAACAGGGCAGGAGCCUUGGGAAGAGACUGGGAAUGAUGUCCUCUUCCAAAUGCAUGAGAUUAUGAGUGUUAUUUAAAAUACUCUUCUACUGGGGGGCACCUGGGUGGCUUAGUCGGUUGGGUGUCCGACUUUGGCUCAGGUCAUGAUCUGACCUGGUUUGUGAGUUUGAGCCUCCCGUUGGGCUCUGUGCUGACAGCUCAGCACCUGGAACCUGCUUCAGAUUCUGUGUCUCCCUUUCUCUCUGUCCCUCCCCUACUUACACACACUCUCUCUCUC